CAGUGGGUGCCUUGGAAACUACAACAAACAAUUCCACAAUUGGUGGCAAUAAAACAUAACAAAAUCUCGAAAGUUCGAUAUCAAUAAUAAGAGCAACGUCAAUUUGCAGCAAUGCCAAUAAUUCGCUUGGAGUCCGCUGACAAGGAAAUCUUUGACACGGAUAUCGAGAUCGCCAAAUGCUCGGAGACGAUUAAAACGGCACUCGAAGAUUUGGGGGAUGAGAGUGACAAUAGUGUGUUGCCGCUGCCCAAUGUGAAUUCGGCGAUAUUGCGCAAAGUGCUGCACUGGGCCACCUACCAUGCCCAGGACGAACCACAGCAGCCACAGGAAGAUGAGAACAAAGAAAAGCGCACCGAUGACAUUUCAUCGUGGGAUGCCGACUUCCUCAAAGUCGACCAGGGCACACUGUUCGAGCUCAUUCUGGCGGCCAAUUAUCUAAACAUCCAGGGCCUAUUGGAUGUCACCUGCAAGACGUGCGCGAACAUGAUCAAAGGCAAAUCCCUGCAGGACAUUCGCGAGACUUUCGGCAUUGCCAACGAUUUCUCAGCAGCCGAGGAGGAACAGGUUCGCAAGGAGAACGAAUGGUGCGAGGAGAAGUAAAUAAAAAACACAAAAUAGAAGAAAAAAAUUGUUUAGAACAUGAUAUUAUUAAAGAGAUUGUUUAUUUAACCCAAACAAAAAAA